UCUCCCAUGCGCAGACCGAGGAUAUUCUUUCCUCGAACGGAGUGUGGUUAUUUGACGUGUGCCGACCGCAUCGAUAUGUUUAACGAAAGAUAAAGAAAAGCGAAGAUGUUGCUGUACACAAUAAUCGGCGGCUACAUGCUGACUUCAAUGAUACUGUUCAAGUAUCCUACCCUGCUGCACAAGAAAAAGAAAGUAAAAUUUUACUGCCAGCACAUUAGCCACCGAGGUGGGGCAGGUGAAAGCUAUGAGAAUACAAUGUCUGCGUUUAGACGAGCAAUAGCCAUUGGAACUCAAAUGCUGGAAUUAGAUUGUCAUCUUACAAAAGAUGGCGAAGUGGUAGUUUCUCAUGAUCACAAUCUUUUACGCAGUACUGGUGUAGAUAAAAACAUCUCUGAAUUGAAUUACAAAGAUUUACCUCUGUUGAAGCAACGUUUGCCAAUUGAUUUUGACCCAGAUGUGGAGUAUGUUGGUUCUGCAAAUGAAGAAGAUCGACGAUUCGCAUUGCUGCAGGAAGUUUUCGAAGCAUUUCCUCAUAUUCCUAUAAAUAUUGACAUUAAAAUCAAUGAUGAUCGACUUAUAGCAAAGGUUUCUGACCUUAUAAAAAAAUACAACAGAGAGGAAUAUACAGUUUGGGGAAAUUUCAGUGAUGAAGUUACACAGAAAUGUUACAAAAUGAAUCCAAAUGUAAACUUGUUAUUUUCAAUGCAACGUGUGACAAUGUUGUUAUUUCUUAUGUAUACCGGUUUGUUGCCAUUUGUACCACUGAAGGAAACGCAUCUUGAAAUUUUUUUACCUUCUAUCUAUUUACGACGUAUGGGCGGACCGAGCCCAACAUUUUUGCCAUUGGAAAAAUUGGUCGUACGUACAAUUAAUGUGUUGUUGAUGAGGCCCUGCUUAUUUAAUCAUUUAAGAGCACGUGGCAUACAUGUUUACUUUUGGGUUUUGAAUAAGGAUGAGGAAUUUAAAAAAGCAUUUGAAUUAGGAGCAACUGGUGUAAUGACAGAUUACCCGUCGAGACUAAAAUCAUUUUUGAAGAAUCACACAAUGGAAUGAAAUACACCGAUAUGAGAGUACACAUUUGAAACAGUACACAUCAAACAACAUUAUCGAUAAAAUUCGCAAACUUAUUUACAUCCGAAGAAAUAUCUGCGUAACAAGCUAGAUAUAUGUAAAGAUACAAAAUAUGACGCAGGAAAGAACGAAGUGUAGUAUAUUUUUUAUAAGCAAAACAAAAACAGAACAUCUUGUUUACGUUCUGUGUGAAAAUGCCAAUUUUUCGACGUUUGCCACAAUUCUGUGUGUGACAGCCUGUGUACAAAAUCUAUUAGCUAAAUUGCAUAUACAUUAUUCUAGUUUGUCAUGUUUUAUAAUUUUGUGAACUAUACAGGCAGCCAUAUUAGUAGGGCAAGAUUGUUGUUUUAAAUCUGGCCUCUUAAGUCUAUUUAUUCCGUUUUAGUUAUUUUUUUUCUGUUUUGUUAGAAGAUCGUAUGUCUAAUGAGGCUCUUUAUUAUUCUGUUUAAUUAUAGCUAUAAUUAAACAAAACAAUUAAUAUAUUAAUAGUCAUUUUUGCUACACUGGAAUCUACUUGUGAUGUCGAGUUCCGAGUAGUGAAAUAUCUUUGUUUAUGGGAUAAGCAUGCUUGGUUUUCUCUUGGUAAUCUACAAACGCGAUACUCUAUGAGAAUAAUUUUUCUUCCUCAAAAUGUACAUACUUUUUUUAAUUUAUAUCUCACAUUGAAAUUCACUUAUGUGAGAAAACGUGUCAUAAAACCUGCGUGCAUAUCCCAAGUUUUGGUACAAAUUGUCUAUUACUUAUAAUAUACAUAUAUAUCUCUCUGGGGCCAGUAUUAGCUUAGCAUUCAGAGGCUUCAAGUAACACACAGUUUGAUCUGAUGAUUUGUUAAAUAAGUUUUAAUAUUUUCAUAGAUCUAUACGUGAGAAUAUACAUUUUACGCGAAUAGAGGAAAUCGAGCUAUGCAGAUCGUAUAAAUGUCUAGAAGAUAUAUGAGUGUGAUAUAAGAGAUUCCUUUUUUGUAAAAUGAAUGUGAUAAAAAAACGUAGUCAGUGUUGGAAAUAAUAAUUAAAAAAGAAAAAAAGAAACUGAAAAACCUAUCAUGACUAGUCUUAAAUUAAAAAAACUAUAUUGUAAAUUAUUUUAACAAUUGUUAAAUGCAUUUACACUGUUUAUAAUACAGUAGUGUCUUUCUAUUUGCACAAAACUUUGGAACGAAGUUCAUGUACAAAUAACGAAGACGGAGUUAUUUAGCUUUCCGAAUCGCGUCUUCUGAGCAUCGAAACGCGGAGAAGGCGCAAGAAUGGAAAAAUGGGCAAGAAAACGCGUUGAAAGAUAUGCGCGUAGUCACGGACACUACUGUAAUUACAGUAUAAUAGUAUUAUAACACGUGAUAUAAUUUUAUACGUGAGAUACAUUUCGAAACUAUUAUUCUUUCAAAUUUUUUGAAUUUUUUAUAUUACGGCGUACAACAUGUGUCACGGCACGUUUAUAUGUAAUUUUGCGCUCGGAUUAUUUGAAGCUUUAUAGAACGCAGCAUGACUGUGAAUAUUCUUAUAUGUGUUAAACAUACUAUACUUCACUAAUUUAUUAAAUACAUUAGCGACAAUUGAAGAAUUGUCAGUACAAUUAAAGAAUUAAGCGAAUAUGUAUACAUAUAUAUAUAUAUAUGUUGAUAUGAAACAUAUUUGCAGUUUUUACACAUUAAAGCUAAACCAAAAACGUAACAAUCUUUUUUAACUUACGCAUAUAUGUAUGUGCACACGUGUGAAUUAUUACAUAUAAUUCUUACAAUUACACUCUCUUUGUAUGAACAAUUUGUAUGCAUGUUUGUUGUAUCUUCUUUGUUCUAGUUUUGUCUAUAUGUGUGUGCAUAUACAUUUUUGUGUGUGUGUACAUAUAUUCACACAUACGGAUAAGAAUUAUAUAUGUGUGAGCACAUGAGAAAAUACCGAAUUUAGAAGAUAAAUACUAUAUUUAUGGCUAUAUAUAUAUAUAUGUCAAAGUAUAUAAGAAAAAUUAUAUCACUGUAUGUAUGACUAAAAAGAUUAUACACUGUUGUCUUUAUGAGAUAGUUUGUGAGAAAACUUCAUAUAAAUGUGUACAUUCAUACAUUCUUUUAUUUGUAUCUUUAAUUUACUGAAACUCUUCAGGUAUCAUCUUUAACACCAUUUUACACUUACAAACUCAAUAUUACAUGUGUUUAUCACAUAAAUUGUAAUAAGGACUUCAUACGUGAAUACAAUAUUGAAGAUCAUGUGAGUUUUGUUACAAAUUUCUUAUCAAUUACAUCAGGUCUACACAAUGUAUUUUACAAAUGGAUGUUAAAAAAUAUACAAAAAUAAACACAG